CCGAUUUGUCGAUCUAGACGGAAACGCGGGAAAUCUGUUUACAAUCCAUAUUUCUUCUGAUAGCAGUGGUCUAGCUAAACUAUUCAGCUGAGUAAGCCUAGAUCUAGAUCUAGAUCUCUAAAAUAUUAGGUAUAGUAUCGAGAAUUCUAGAAAUUAAAUUGCCAACGGAAGCCAGGAAGGUGUUAUGAAAUAAGAUGCUUGCAGAAAAAGCAUUGGAUUUAGUUCGUGAAUUACAUCGGACGACAGGCGGGACUCUGCCGCCAUACAACGAAGACAAAAUUCGACAAGUCUUAGAAGAAAUAAAAACACUCUACGACCAAAAUAAAGAUCAAGUACACUUUGCUGCAGAGGGGCAGCCUGGUCUUGUUUCUUCCAUCCAAGUUCGUCAUGCUGGGAUACAGAGAAAUAAACGCUGCUUACUGGCUUACCUUUAUAAUAGAUUGGAACAUAUAAGAAAAAUGAGAUGGGAAUUUGGUAGUGUCUUACCUCCAGAUGUAAAGUACAACAUGUGUGAACAUGAGGUUCAGUGGUUUAAUCAAUAUAACCGAUUACUAGCCAAUUACAUGAGGUCUAUAGGUGAAAAUGGUGGGCUAGACUUAACUCAGGACAUGAAGCCACCAAAAACUCUUUAUGUAUUGGUGCGCUGUAUAAUGGAUCAUGGGGAGUUUGAAACACAAGAUGGAAACGUUAUUUUACUGAAGAAAAAUAGCCAGCAUUACUUGCUGAGAUCUGAAUGUGAACAUUUAAUACGCCAAGGUGUCCUCGAGCACAUUGUCCAGUGAAACAGAUCUAAUGGGACUUGACUGGGACUUAAAUCCCUAAACGUAAUAAAUAUUGUACUCUGUGCAAAAGAAUGUAUAUUUGUAAAUCUUUAUGAGAAAAU